AUGGAGAAGCUAAACUCGAAGCUGUACGUGCAAAACUGUCAUAUAAUCAAGGAGAACGAAAGGUUGAGGAAGAAAGCUCAGAUACUGAACCAGGAGAAUCAACAACUUCUCUUUGAACUCAAACAGAAGCUCUCCAAAACCAAGAACCCUAAUGGAUCCAAUCAAGGAAGCAACAACAACCUAUCUUCAUCUAGCUCUGCUUCUGGACAAUCUUGA